UCUCACUCAACAACAGCGCACACAUAGAAGAGAGUGUUCUACGAAAUCCAAUCCUUCUUUUCUCUCUUCGAUUGACACCCUAAAAAUCCCUAAACCCCUUUCGAAAAUUUUCCAUUUCAGAUCUCAACCUGCAAAUUCAAUCGAAUCCAGAACAACAAAUUCUUACUGGUUGUGUUGAUUUCAUGGCUUCCCCUGGAAACCAGAACCAACAACCAGGUGGAGGACCAUUUGAUGUUCAAAGAUUCUUCAACCCUUCUUCUUCCCCACCACCAAUCUCAUCAAACCCUAACACCACCUUCCAAAACCCUAACCUUCCUUAUCCUCCACCAUCUUCUGCCGCCUCGUAUCCUCCACCCACCGUCAGCGGCGCACCUUACUCAUACCCUCCUCAAACUAACCCUCUAUACCACCCUCAAUUUCACAUCCCACCACCUCCUUUUCAUCCUCAACAACAACCCGACAACCCCAUGCCUUCCUCUAACCUGCAACAUCAGCGAUCCGUUCCGUAUCCUACACCUCCUCUCCAACCUCCUAGCCCUAAUAGCAACCCUAACCCUAACCAUGGGGCUCGUCUAAUGGCUCUUUUAAGCUCUCCACCGCCUACCACGCUUGACAAUUCGUCUCAAUCGUCCAUGCCUUUGGCUCCACCUACUAAUCCUAUGCUUCCGUCGUCGUUGGUUCCUGCAUUGCAUUCUGGGUCCGGUCCUUUGCGGAUGCCGAGCAGUAAGCUCCCGAAAGGACGUCAUUUGACCGGUGAUCGUGUUGUAUAUGAUAUUGAUGUUAGGUUUCCUGGAGAGGUUCAGCCUCAACUUGAGGUCACCCCCAUUACCAAGUAUGGGUCUGAUCCUGGUCUUGUUGUUGGCCGUCAAAUUGCUGUUAACAAGACUUACAUAUGUUAUGGUCUGAAACUGGGAGCGAUUAGGGUUCUUAAUAUAAACACUGCUUUAAGAUCACUGCUUAAAGGUCUAGCUCAGAGGGUUACUGAUAUGGUUUUCUUCGCGGAGGAUGUUCAUCUUUUAGCUAGUGCAAGCAUAGAUGGACGAGUAUAUGUGUGGAAAAUUACAGAAGGCACAGAUGAGGAUGAUAAACCACAAAUUACAGGGAAGAUAGUUAUUGCAAUCCAGAUUGUAGGAGAAGGGGAACCUGUUCAUCCCCGAGUUUGUUGGCACUGUCAUAAACAAGAAGUGCUUGUUGUUGGAAUCGGAAAACGUGUUCUGAGAAUUGAUACUACGAAGGUUGGGAGAGGUGAAGUGUAUUCUGCAGAGGAACCUCUGAAAUGUCCUGUUGAUAAGUUGAUCAAUGGAGUUCAGUUUGUUGGCAAUCAUGAUGGUGAAGUGACAGAUCUAUCAAUGUGCCAGUGGAUGACUACUCGUUUGGUUUCUGCCUCUGUAGAUGGAACGAUAAAGAUUUGGGAAGAUCGGAAGUCCUCACCGAUUGCAGUGUUGAGGCCGCAUGAUGGCUUGCCAGUUAACUCUGUUACAUUCUUGACCGCUCCUCAUCGCCCAGAUCACAUCAUACUUAUCACCGGGGGACCCCUGAAUCGGGAAGUGAAAAUAUGGGCCUCAGACAGUGAAGAAGGAUGGUUGCUUCCCAGUGAUGCAGAUUCAUGGCACUGUUUGCAGACAUUAGAAUUGAAGAGUUCAUCUGAGGCUAGAGUUGAAGAUGCAUUCUUUAAUCAAGUGGUUGCGUUAUCCCAAGCAGGUCUUCUCUUACUAGCAAACGCGAAGAAAAAUGCUAUAUACGUUGUACACUUGGAAUAUGGUCCCAAUCCAGAAGCCACCCACAUGGAUUACAUUGCUGAGUUUACAGUGACUAUGCCUAUACUGAGUUUUACAGGCACUAGUGAUUUAUUACCUCAUGGGGAGCAGAUUGUUCAGGUUUACUGUGUCCAGACACAGGCCAUUCAGCAAUAUGCUUUGGACUUGUCCCAGUGCUUACCACCGCCAAUUGAUAGUGUUACAUAUGAGAAAUUCGAUACAACUGUUUUACGUGAUGCACCAAGUACUGAAGGUUUCGAGCCAUCUGGAAGUAAGACUGAGAUGCCGUUGGUUGUCUCGGUACCUAGCUCUGAUGGUGCCAUUUUGAGACAGCUCUCAAACUCUCCUUUGGUUGAAACUUCCAUGCCGAAGGAAUUUUCUGCACCGAGUAUUGAAUCGAAAUCCAACCCAUCUCCCAUCACUAUUGAUACAGGUAUUUCUGGUGUUGCAUCUUCCUCAGUUGCAUCAAGUCCAACAUUAUCUCGAAAACUUUCUGAUUUGAAAAGUCCAGCCGGUGGCCUUGAAUCUAGUGCCCAACUAAGUAAUCAUGGUGAGCAGAAAAUUAUUGAAUAUUCAGUUGACACCGCUCAUUCGAACACGUCUACUAUGCCCUCGUUGGCUAAUGAUUCCAUCACUGAUGAAAACAAACCAUUGAAAGAGGACGUCUCCCCUGUUACCGGUCAUGGCACGAAGUUUAAGCAUCCAACUCAUUUGGUAACUCCUGCUGAAUUGAUGGCUACAUCAUCCUCUGAAAUGAGUCAUGUUUCUGAGCAGAAGAAUGACGUAGAUCCAGUUGUUCAGGAUGUGAUUGUGAACUCCGAUGCGCAGAAUGUUGAGGUGGAGGUUAAGGUUGUUGGUGAAGCGGGUAAGAGUCAAAAUGUUGAACCUAUUUCUCAAGGAGAGCUUCAUGGGUUUUCUUCACAGGCAUCGGAUUUUGGACUUGAGAUGGGUAGAGAUCGUCGAGUCUUGCCUGGGGAAACUUAUAUUGUUAAUGAGUCCAAGCACAUUGAUGGGCCUGGAGAAAGCAAAACAGUGGGUCAAGCCUCCGGUGGCCAAGAUGAAGUUCAAGAUGUGAAAAUUGAUCUUUCGGGACAGGUUGAGACAGUGAUACCAGCAACCGGUCACUCCCCAGCGACUGCUACCUCAGCCAAAGGGAAGAAACAUAAGGGAAAGAAUACUCAGGGAUCAAGCCCUUCUUCUCCUUCCCCGAGUGUUUUCAAUUCAACAGAUUCUUCUAAUGAACCGGGAGUCAGUUCAAGCUCUCCCUCUGCUGAAGCCAUACUUUCACAGAUUCAAUCUAUGCAAGAAGCCAUAAGUCAGGUUUUAAUCAAUCAAAAGGAAAUCCAAAAGCAGAUUCCAGCAUUGGUUGCAGUGCCAGUUACAAAGGAAGGUCGUAGAAUUGAGGCAGCCAUAGGGAAAAGCAUGGAGAAAACUUACAAAACUAAUUCUGAUGCUCUUUGGGCUCGAACUCAAGAAGAAUUUGCAAAGCAAGAGAAGUCAAACCGAGAUCGCAAUCAACAAAUUUCUGUUUUGGUAACAAAUGGCUACAAGGACUUGCUUGCAGCAUGGGAAAAAAUGUUGAAGAAGGAAACAUCUGCACUCGUGUCAGCUGUGGCUCGUGCAGUUUCUCCAGUUAUUGAGAAAACAGUAUCUACUGCGAUCUCAGAGGCUUUCCAGAGAGGUGUUGCUGAUAAGUCUGUAAACCAAUUGGAGAAAUCGAUUAAUUCGAAGCUUGAAGCUAGUGUUGCCAGGCAAAUCCAAACCCAGUUUCAAACUUCUGGCAAACAAGCUCUACAGGAAGCGCUGAAGUUGAGUAUGGAGGCCUCGGUUGUUCCUGCCUUUGAGAUGUCUUGCAAGGCCAUGUUUGAUCAAGUUGAUGCUACUUUUCAGAAGGGAAUGGUUGAACAUACAAGUGCAGCUCAGCAGCAAAUUGAGUCUGCACAUUCUCCUCUGGCAAUUGCUUUAAGGGAUGCUAUCAAUUCAGCAUCAUCUGUGACUCAAACCUUGAGUGGUGAAUUGGCUGAUGGUCAAAGAAAGUUGGUAGCCUUGGCACUUGCAGGGGCGAAUUCCGAAGCAGGGAAUCCAUUGAUGACCCAAAUAAGUAAUGGACCUAUAGGCAGUUUCCAUGAGAAGAUUGAGGCACCCUUGGAUCCUACAAAAGAGUUAUCUAGGUUGGUAUAUGAGCACAAAUACGAGGAGGCUUUCACUGCUGCUCUGCAAAGAAGUGAUGUUUGGAUUGUGUCCUGGUUAUGCUCUCAGGUUGACCUACAGGGGCUAUUAACAAGCAAUCCUCUGCCACUGAGCCAAGGAGUACUGCUAUCUUUGCUGCAGCAGUUGGCGUGUGAUAUUGGGAAUGAACCAUCAAAGAAACUUGGAUGGAUGAUGGAUGUGGUGGUGGCCAUCAAGCCAACAGAUGGGAUGAUAGCAAUGCACGUACGCCCAAUAUUCGAGCAAGUUCAGUCUAUACUAAAUCAUCAAGUAAGCAUUCCGACUACUAAGGUAUCGGAGCUAUCAAUCAUACGGGUUAUCAUGAAACUCAUCAAUUCCACACUCAGGACCCUGUAAGUAAUUGAUGAUGCAUUCAGAGGAGCUUGUACAAAAGAAGUCUUAGAAUUUUGUAAUGGGGUGGUACUUAUAUUUGUUAGGUGAGUUUGAGAGUUUAUUCUUAUUGCUUUCUUAUUAUAUUCUUAUUAUGUUGCAUGUUUUAGGUGAAAGUUGUACAUUUGUUCUUUGUGUAUUCAGUCUUUCCUUUCUUGUAGAGGUUGUCUGUAUGUGGUGGUGUUUUUUUUAUUUAAUCCAAAGUUUUGAGAUGUUCUUUAUAAGUUCUUUC